UUUCGUGUGGUUCAUGUUGGAGCAUGCACGAGAUUGAGCGACGCGACGAUGGUCUGGCCGCUAAACUUAUGCCUUCAACGCGUCGCUUCGUCUUCUUUCCCAAGCUUUGAGAGAGAUUGUACUGGUGAAUUGCGUGAUUCGUUUGGGGGAUCUCUGUGACUGGUUGUUAUUGAGGAAAGAGGGUUCGCAAGCAUGUUUGGUACCUGGGUUAUGUGUAGAUUCAGCUGAUUUGGGUUAUUGAUAGGUGAAAAGAAGUUGAUCAGAAUCGACUUCAGCUGAACAGAGCAAGGCACAGAGGUUGUGUUCUGAUGGUCGGGUCAAAUUGUUGAUGUGUUUUAAUUUCAAAGGUUAGUUAUAGUCAGACGUGCACUGUUUUCACCUACAUACUUGUAUAAAAGAGAGAAAUGAGAACAUGCCUCAAGGAGCUUGAGAGAUUGUGGUAUGGUUCCUCUGUUCUCCAGAUCCAAGCUCAUAUUUUGACUAGGAUUAAUCUGGGGGGAAACAGCAGCGAAAAUCACGAGCUCAAACCCAUCCGUUGCUGGAAUCGUCCGCUUCCUACUAUUGGAGAGUCGAUGUUUGUGUUACUGUGGGAUUUUAGGACCUGUGGAGGUGACCGGAUCGAUUCCGGGGAACAGCCUCUAGCGAGACAUUGGUCCAGCUCAAAGUGGUCCGACCUUCCCCGGACCCUGCACAUCGCUGCACCUCGUGCACCGGAGCAGUCACGGAAAGAUUUUAGGACGAAUGUGAUUGGUACCAUGAGGAUGCUUAUUUCUACCCUUAGAAGAAAAAUGUAUUGGACUAGUUGCUAAUUUGAUGUGCUUCAGAAUCAAUGAAACAUGAAGAUACGUUAAAACUGAGGACGCAAGCAUCAAACGAAUGUAUGAGAAACCUAGCAUGAGGCGAAGUAGAAAUUUCGUAUUCAAUGCAGUGUCUUAUAUUAAUUGAAAGAAGAUUGUAAAGCAAGUCGGUCAUAGUUGAUGAGAAAUAUCAGCUCUCUCUCUCUCUCUCUCUCUCCAUUGUAUGGCGACGAAUUCUCUAAACCCUCUCCGCCACCAACACCGCCACCACCACCGCCUCAGACGCCGCAACUCCCUAGACUCCCCCUCCUCCUCUCUCUUCCUCAAACCCACCACCACCACUGCACAAUCUCUCUCCUCCCACUCGCUUUCCAUCAACACCACCACCACCACCACCUUUUCUCUCUCCCCCACCACCGACGCCGCCACCUCCACCACCCCUCCCCCCUCCUCCACCUCCCUCGACCUCCUCGAGCGCCACCUCGCCGCCAGGGACUUCCGCCAGGCCGACGAGGAGACCCGCCGCCUCCUCAUCGCCCUGGCCGGCGACGCUGCCCUCAAGCGCGGGUACGUCUUCUUCUCCGAGGUCCAAUUCAUUGCCGCCCCCGACCUCAAGACGAUCGACGACCUGUGGCGCCGCCACAGCGACGGCCGCUUCGGUUACAGCGUCCAGAAACGGCUGUGGGACAAGGCCAAGAGGGACUUCACGAGGUUCUUCAUCAAGGUCGGGUGGAUGAAGAAGCUGGACACGGAGGUUGAGCAGUACAAUUACAGGUCAUUCCCGACCGAGUUCGUGUGGGAGCUGAAGGAGGACACUCCCGAGGGUCACUUGCCACUCACCAAUGCCCUGAGAGGGACUCAGCUGCUCAACAACAUCCUCACUCACCCUGCUUUCGCCGACAUGGAAGAAGGAGGAGAAGAAGCGGCAGCAGCAGCAGAAGCGCAAGAACAACAAGCCGAUUCACCAAUCAAGAACGGCGGGUUGUUGAAGGGCUUGAAGGACAAGAACGCCUCCUCGAAGCCACAACCCAAAACGGUGUUCAAACCAGACUACAGCUUCUGAUCUUGUUUCAGGAUUAUUGUUACUGAUUAAUCAAUCAAUCUUGAUGAAAUCAGCACAGACAUAAUUGGUACAUUGUUGAUUCAAUUGGUCCUUCCCUUUUCUGAAUAUUCUGC